CUCCUUUAUGCGCCGCCCGUCUAGCUUUUGUGAAUCCACCCACUACAGCCCAACUCGCGUUUACUUCCCGUUUACCACCACAAGGAGUGCCAUCUUGACUUCGAAAAACGAAAGAAAAUUAUUUCGGGGGCUUAAAAAAGUCUAAUAAAGAUUAACAUGGAUUUCAGCGAGUCUCUAAAUAAGCGUUCAGCAGAUAGGAGAUCAGAGAUGGGACAGGCUUUGCUUCCACUGGAUCAGGAGAGGUUUGAGUAUCCCGAUGCUGGAUAUCCUCCUCCGGGGAUCUAUCCUAACCCCCCCGUCUAUCUCGACCAGCAGUUUGGUGCUCCAGUGGGUCCGUACGUUAACGGAUCAUAUCCAGGAGGAUUUCAAGUUGUCACUGUGCAGCCAACAGUUGUGACCAGCACUCCACUGCUCAACCCACUGCCAGAUUACAUGUGUUACUCCGUUUUUACCACGCUGUGCUGUUGUUUACCUCUGGGUGUUGCUGCUCUGGUUUACUCACUCACAACCAGAGAUGCUAACGCAUUUGGACACCGACCAAUUGCAGAGAAAAACUCCAGAAUGGCACGCACCCUUAACCAUAUCAAUCUUGGCAUUGGCUUGUCCUUCAUUUUGUUGAUUUUCAUCUUAUCCAUUGCUUUGGUGACCUUAGCUGUGUGAAUACAGUGUUUUGAAUAUAAAUUCUUCACUUUUGGGUAUUCUGCUAAAAUAUUUUUCAACGGAAUCUGCUGUAAAUGUGACGGCAGAAAGUUAUACAGUUAUAUUUACAGUAUCUCAAAGUGAAUUUUUAUUACUUUUUGAUAAAUCUAUACCUACAUUUAAAGUUGCUGUGAUACUUUAUUUACUUUGUGGGAUAACAUUAUGUAAACAUUACUUAAAUAAGCAAUAAAGGUUGUUGUUGUUAUUAUCAUUAUCUAAUUUUGACCAGAUUUCACUUUUUUAACUCCAUGGCAAAGUUUUUCAAGAGAUAGUUUAGUUCACAGAUACAGAUUAGGUUUUGGGAUGUUUUGGUAAACUUUUUUAAUCUAAGCUUGAAAACAAUUUAUUAUACAAAACACUUUAUAUGGCAAACGUGAUGCAAACAUAAACUCAACAUAAUAGGUGUUGCUGUCAAGUGUGUGUUUUCUUCCCAUAAAACAGCUUGAACCAUUUGCACGCACAUCAUUGUGUGAAGCUCAUAUGUCUGUUUUGCAUCAAGUGCAAAUACCAUGUAAGGCCUCCCACACACUGAGGUCACAGAACAUGUAACCGAUUGCAAAAGGAAUCUUACAUUUUGACACAAAGGAAAGACAAAGGGAUUUUGCCACAAUGUAGUGUGAUACAGUCUGAGUUGAACACUGCUGAUGAGAUGCUCUUUUAAUCUACUGCUGUUCUCUUUUAAAAGUAUAAUAUAUAAGAACACUUUAAAUAGGAGAUUAGUGUGUCACCAGGCACUGACACGAUGGUGACCAGGGGUUAUGUCACUCUAAUCUGAUAUAUACUGUUUAAAGCUGUAUAUCAUCAAAAGAGGGUCUUGACAAAGUCUUGACAACCAGUCCCAAAACCGAUUACCCAACUUCCUGUUUUUAACUUCUAAAAAAAAAAAGAAGCUUUCCAACGAAACGAAACACUUCCAGUAAGAACUGAAAGUUGUAUCCUGUUACGCAAGAAAGAUAAAGAGUGUAUUUUGUCGCCAUCUGGUGGAAAUCACGACAAUUAUUUUAAUGCACUUCUGUAAACUGGAUCCUGCUCGUUCUCGUGACUGAUAACAUUAUGGCCUGUCAGAUCAUAAGGACGUUUUUUACGUAAUGGACUCAUGUUUACUCAACACUAAGUGUUGUGUGCUUUAGUAAUGUUAAAACACCGGUGGUGCGUAUUCGGUGUAACACCAACUUCUCUGUAAAUGUCUCAGUCUGGAUCCUAAAGAUAACAGCCAGUGAAUCAUUGCCACAACCGAAAUGUGCCUAAAUACAAUAUUGUUUUAUUAUUAAAGACAUAACAAAGUUUUUUUUAAUCAAGAUUUUUAUCUACUGUGUAUAUGAGACCACUUUGCAAGAUGUAAACACUGGUCCAGACUCCAAAAACACUUCUGGUUUCAGUUUAUUUAUUCCAAGUUUUUUUUUUAAAUCUUACAUAUAUAACGUAUAUAUAAAGAUAUUUUUUACAUUUUAAAUCUGUUAUUAAUAUUCUGUUGGUAGUAUUUUGUUGUGGUACUGUUAAAGGACUGAAACAGGAAGUUCUUCUGGACCAGCCAGAGCGUUGUUUAUGUCAUAAGAAGAGGUCAAGCGAACUGUAUGAUUUUAAAUAGUGUAAAUGUUUCUUUUUUAACUAAUGUGUCAACAUACUUGUUUACUUUGAGCAAAAGAUUUAUUGUUUUAAAUUAUAUUGCUUAAAAUAGCAAAUAUUUAAUGUAAUGGCAUUCAUACUGAAUCUAUAGCCUUACUUAUAAAGCAAAACAACAAUAUUUUCACAGAAGUGAUUUUGUAUACAGUAGAAAGCCUCAAAAUACAAAUCUAAAAUUUAAGGAUUGUAUUCAUAAUGAAAAGAAUCAAUAUCAUUUAAAUGUCUACACCGACCUCUGCUUACAGACAAGGUGAACGCCAAAAACGUGGGUGCAUGAAUAAGCAACACGUUCUCAAACAAAAGAAAAACUGAUAUGGACAUUCUACACAGAGGUGACAUUGACAACACCAAGGAGUGUGCACUCUUGAAGGUUAUGAAGUAGAGGGGAAAGAAACUCUGGGAUUUGGACGACUGUUGAUUUGGGCAGUGCUUCUAAUUUCAGGCCCGGCACCAUGAGUAAAAUGAAUUCAUACGACAUGUUUGUGGAAAUGGAUAAAAUGGAUGGAGAAAUGGACGUGAAGAUUAAGAAAAAGAAAGUGAAGAAAAAGGAGAAACUGGAGAGUAUGAAGAAAGAGAUGGAUAUUGACGACCAUGAAAUCACCAUCGAUGAGCUGGAACUGAAAUAUACAACAAGUGUUAUCAAGGGCCUGACCUCCACCCUCGCCCAGCAGGUUUUGGAACGGGAUGGACCCAAUGAACUCAAGCCUCCCAAGGGUACACCAGAGUACGUCAAAUUUGCCCGUCAGCUGGCCGGAGGGCUCCAGUGUUUGAUGUGGGUGGCAGCUGUCAUCUGUUUUAUCGCUUUCGGCAUUGAGUGUGCCAGUGACGAUCUCGCCAGCUACGAUAAUCUGUAUCUGGCCAUCACUCUCAUCGCUGUGGUUGUGGUGACUGGCUGUUUUGGCUACUACCAAGAGUUCAAGAGCACAAAUAUCAUUGCCAGUUUCAAAAAUCUGGUGCCACAGCAAGCUCUUGUGAUCAGAGACGGGCAGAAAAAUGAGAUCAAUGCCAACUUGCUGGUGGUGGGAGAUCUAGUGGAGAUUAAGGGUGGUGAUCGUGUGCCAGCUGAUGUUCGGAUCAUCACUGCUCAGGGUUGUAAGGUGGAUAAUUCAUCCUUGACUGGCGAGUCUGAACCUCAGACCAAAAGCCCAGAAUGCACUCAUGAAAACCCGCUGGAGACAAGGAACAUUGCCUUCUUUUCUACAACCUGUCUGGAGGGCGUAGCCACUGGUGUGGUUAUCAACACUGGAGAUCGAACCAUUAUUGGCAGAAUCGCCAGUCUGGCGUCCGGUGUGGGCAAUGAGAAGACGCCUAUCGCUAUAGAGAUCGAACAUUUCGUUGAUAUCAUCGCUGGUCUUGCCAUCUUCUUUGGCUUCACGUUCUUUGUGGUUGCCAUGUUCAUCGGUUAUGCGUUCCUGGAAGCCAUGAUCUUUUUCAUGGCCAUCGUGGUGGCUUACGUGCCCGAGGGACUUCUGGCAACCGUCACGGUGUGCCUGUCUCUGACUGCCAAACGUCUAGCCAGAAAGAACUGUGUGGUUAAGAACCUAGAAGCUGUAGAAACGCUGGGUUCCACAUCGGUCAUAUGCUCAGAUAAAACCGGAACCCUCACACAGAACCGCAUGACUGUGGCCCACCUGUGGUUUGACAAUAUGAUCCAUGCAGCUGAUACCACGGAAGAUCAGUCAGGUCAGAGUUUCGACCAGUCUUCAGAAACAUGGCGAGCGCUUGCCAGAGUGGCCAGUCUGUGUAAUCGAGCCAUUUUCAAACCUAACCAGGAGAUGGUGCCUGUUCCCAAGCGAAUGGUUGUUGGUGAUGCAUCAGAAACAGCCCUGCUGAAGUUUACUGAGUUGACGAUUGGGAACAUCAUCGAAUACAGGACACGGUUUAAAAAGAUCUGUGAGGUGCCAUUCAAUUCCACAAACAAAUUUCAGUUAUCAAUUCAUGAGCUUGAAGAUCCUCUUGAUCUGCGCUACAUGCUGGUGAUGAAGGGUGCACCAGAGAGAAUACUGGAGCGCUGCUCGACCAUCCUGAUCAAAGGCCAGGAACUUCCAUUAGAUGAGCAGUGGAGAGAAGCUUUCCAGACAGCUUACAUGGACCUUGGAGGCCUGGGAGAAAGAGUUUUAGGUUUUUGUCAUCUGUACUUGAAUGAAAAGGAGUUCCCUCGGGGCUACAACUUUGAUACUGAUGAGAUGAAUUUCCCCACAUCCGGUCUGUGUUUUGCUGGUUUGAUCUCUAUGAUUGACCCACCUCGUGCCACAGUGCCUGAUGCGGUCAUGAAGUGCCGCACAGCUGGGAUCCGGGUUGUCAUGGUAACGGGGGACCACCCAAUCACAGCCAGGGCUAUUGCUGCGAACGUGGGCAUCAUCUCAGAGGGCAGCGAGACAGUGGAAGACAUCGCCGCCCGACUGAGGAUACCAGUGGAGCAGGUCAAAAAGAGUGACGCCCGUGCUUGUGUCAUUAACGGAGGUCAACUGAAAGAUAUGAGCAGCGAAGAACUCGAUGAGGCGCUCAUGAAUCAUCCGGAAAUGGUGUUCGCCCGCACGUCUCCCCAACAGAAGCUCAUCAUUGUAGAGAGCUGCCAGCGAUUGGGUUCCAUAGUGGCAGUUACAGGAGAUGGUGUCAAUGAUUCUCCCGCACUAAAGAAAGCAGACAUCGGUAUCGCUAUGGGUAUAUCUGGCUCUGAUGCUGCCAAGAACGCAGCCGACAUGAUACUGCUGGAUGACAACUUUGCAUCUAUUGUAACUGGAGUGGAACAAGGCCGUUUGAUCUUUGAUAACUUGAAGAAGUCCAUUGCUUACACACUGACUAAGAACAUCCCUGAGCUGACUCCCUACCUGAUCUACAUCACCGUCAGUAUCCCGCUGCCGCUGGGCUGCAUCACCAUUCUGUUCAUUGAGCUCGCAACGGAUAUAUUCCCCUCAGUUUCGCUGGCAUAUGAGAAAGCAGAGAGUGACAUCAUGCACCUUAAACCCAGGAACCCUCGACGGGACCGACUGGUCAAUGAAGCUCUGGCUGUUUAUUCUUACUUUCAGAUCGGUGCAAUCCAGUCUUUUGCAGGUUUUACAGAUUAUUUCACAGCUAUGGCCCAGGAGGGCUGGUUUCCGCUCAUGUGUGUGGGCUUGAGGGGUCAGUGGGAGGACAUUCGCUUGCAGGACCUGCAGGACAGUUACGGACAAGAAUGGACAUACAGUCAGCGCCUGUAUCAGGAGUACACCUGCUACACUGUGUUCUUUGUCAGCAUUGAGAUCUGCCAGAUUUUUGAUGUCUUGAUCAGAAAAACACGUCGUCUCUCUCUCUUCCAGCAAGGACUUUUUAGGAACAAGGUGCUUGUGUCUGCCAUAGUAUUCCAGUUACUUCUUGGUAAUCUGCUGUGUUACUGUCCAGGGAUGCCUAAUAUCUUCAACUUUAUGCCAAUUAGGGUGCAGUGGUGGUUUGUUCCACUGCCUUAUGGAAUUCUCAUCUUGGUCUAUGAUGAGAUCAGAAAAUUGGGGGUCAGAAGAUAUCCAGGCAGUUGGUGGGACCAAGAGCUGUAUUACUAGAUCAUCUUGAGGCUCAUCUCAGGAUUUAUGAGACAAAUAUAGUUUUUAAUACAAAUUUCUACAUAUCGACCUGAAUAAGUAUACAUUAAAUGUCCCCUAAAUUUCAACAUUAUUCAACAAUUGAAAAAGGGUUCAAAUGUUCUAUGCAACACAUCGUAAAUAUGCAUGUGAAA